UCCAGGCUUCAGCUCCGGGACACAAGGAACUCAGAAUGGCAACCGACAGCAGCUUCUCACCGUUCAACCCAGCAUCUGGAGACUGGGAAGCGUACGCCUCCCGUUUCACCUUCCUCCUAGAAGCCAAAGGGGUCACCGACGAAGAAGACGCCAAGAAGAGGGCGAUAUUCUUCAGCGUCUGCGGAGAGGAGACGUUUGAAAUCGCCCGGGCUCUCCUUGCACCUGAAGACGUUGCUACUGUUCCAUACAAAACAAUAAUGGAACAGCUGAAGGGGCACUUUUCGCCACAGCCCUCAGUGGUGGCUUGUCGAAAUGCCUUCUACGCAAAGCGGCAAGCCCCUGGGGAAACCAUAACUGGGUUUGUGACCUCUCUCCACCAAGCUGCCCGGUUCUGCAACUUCUCAGAGCUGGAGAACAUGCUUCGUGACCGCCUCGUCGGUGGCCUGAAGGAUGAGAAGCUGCAACGACGCCUCUACGCUAAGAAGAACCUAACGUUCCAGGUCGCUCUGGAGGAGGCCCUGGCAACGGAAGCUGCCGAGAGGUCAACGCAAGAGGCACGGCCGAGCCAGCCGUCCCAACCGAGGGUCCACCACGAAGACCUCACUGACGACUCAGGAUCCAACAGGGAGGAGGUGCACCGAGUACAGCAGCACACUCAAGCAGCCCACAUACCACAGCUGCCUCGACGAGAAGGAGGGAACUGCGUAAGCUGUGGAGAAAGUCACGAGAGGAGGACCUGCCGUUUCCGCAACGCAGAGUGCAGGCAGUGCAGAAAAUUGGGACACAUCGCCCGGGUGUGUCGGGCUCGGCCCACCCGACGACAGGCAUCAGAUGACCAAUCCAAGAGCCCCAGGUCCCGGGGCCCAACGCACCAAGGCAACUCGACGGAGCUCACGGACUUCCAGGGAUUCCUGGUGUCACCCCCUUCUUCGAUGAUGUGUUGAUUGCCGGGCCCACACCAGAGGAGUUUGAGGACCGCCUCCGCACCGUUCUGCACCGUUUCCAGACGGCGGGUCUCAAGGUGAAGCGGGAAAAAUGUCUACUAGGAGUGCCUCAGGUGGACUUUCUGGGAUUUAUGGUGGACGCAGAAGGGGUCCACCCGACUGGGGACAAGGUACGGGCCAU